CUGAGGCGCGGACACUGGCGGGGCCCUGGAGGUGUCCGCGGCCGCCUGAGGCGUAGCCCUGCCCCCCCGCCCUCCUCUCCUCCGGCCCGCAUGGCGGCGGCAGCCACGGCCCCUGGGCUCUGCCCGCUGCCCACCGGGCGGGCUACCGCAACGCGGGGCCGACAGGCCGCGCUGCGGAGCCGGGCGUGGCGCCUCCGCCGCCGGUUGCGGGUGCUGCAGGCCCGGCAGGUGGAGCGGCACGUCCGGCAUCAGCUGGCCGGGUUGGCGCGGCACCUGGGGCGAGUGGGCCUGCCGCCCGCUCUGGGGCCCGACCUGCGGCUGCUGGCGGCCAGCGCUACCGCCCGCCUCCGCGCCACGCAGGGCGUCUGCGACUCGGACGCCACCGGCAGCAGCAGCGGCUCCGGCGAGGAGAGCGAAGCGGACGGCGCGGGGCAGCGGCGCCCCGCCGCGGCCUCCCCAGAGCAUCACCAUGCGGAGUGCCAGUGGGCGAUGGAGAGGGCAGCCAUUAUUUGCCGUUGGACGUGGCUGCAGGCUCAAAUCUCCGAUUUGGAGUAUCGAAUAAGGCAGCAGACAGAUAUCUACAAGCAACUUCGUGCUGCCAAGGGCCCAGUAGUCCUUGGUGGUGACCGGCAGCCUGGAGACCUAAUGAAGAAGCAGGGCCACUUGGGUUCUGUGUCACUGGUGGCCUCACAAAAGAAUAAGUGGCUCUCGCCUUCAUCUUCUAUCCCAAGGCGCCCUGUAGAAGAUGCCGUUCCCUCCCGUUGCCUGUAUAAUAUGCAGAAGCAGAGUUUUCACUUUACAGAGUCUUUGGGAAACCCUCUGUGUCCAUGUCCUUCCUCCACCCCCAGCAAUGUGUCUCCAGCACCCCUCCAAGCCUGCACUGCGUCACCCCGCAAAGUCAACGGAGUGUUGAACUGUUUGCACACUGGCUCCUCCAGCAGCAGUUCUCUGACCAGCAUGAAUGGCAAAGAGGGAUUUGGCAAACAAAACCCACUUCACAACUUUGUUGCUGUAUCGGACAAUACCUGUGUCGCUGCUAGAAUCCGCCCAGUUUGCACGUACAAGAAGCGCAAGCUUGUCCGAGCUACCUCUGUUUCUCACUUCAGCAGGAAGCCGCUGAAACCUCUGACUGUGAAGUGCAGCUGUGAAUGGCCCAACUCCUGCAUCCUGUGUAGCUGCGAAGCCCCUGUCCAGACGAUAGACCCCGAUACCAUGUCCCUGGAAGAGCGCAUAGCCCUCCUGGACUCCGGCUUCCACCCCAUUCUCUCUCUAUCUCAUGGCAACCCUCUCCACUUGCACUUUGAAACCUUAUUAAGAGAGGACGGACUGCAGAGGCUGCUGAGCCGUGAACUCAAGACUCUGAAGAUGUCCCAUUUUGGACAGAAACAAGAUCCGACUAACAGCGCGUUCCCAAAGCUACGCUCUUCGCUCCUGCUUGCCUCCCGUUCAUUGUUUGAAGGGAGAAGGCAGCCUGAAGGACCGUCCAGUCACAGCUUUCCUGUUUGCAGUCCUUGGGCACAUAAAUAUGGUUCUCUGCACCUGCUGUCCUUGUGCCCUAAGCCUCCUCCAGCCCCUUCUGCCAGCCAAGUCCCCUUCACUGGCAGCUCCGCAAUGUCCUCAAAAAGGAGAAAAGCAGAACGUUCCUACGACAUAGACAACAUUGUGAUCCCGAUGUCGAUGGCAGCCACCGCUCGAGUGGAGAAGCCCGAGUACAAAGAGGUGGUAGUACCGAGCUGGAGGAUAGUGGAGCUUGAGGAACUGCCACCUUUCAAUCAAGCGGACUCUGAGUUGGAGGAUACUUCUGAUGAGAUGUACUCCAGCCAUCACUCCAAAUAUGAAGAUCUUGAACGAGCCCGCUGGGAUUCCUGGGCAGCAGCUACUUCCCGUAAGCGAGGGAGCAGUAGGACCAGAACGGUGCUGUCUUGCAGUGAAGGUACCAGAUCUUCCCUGGAAAUGCUUGAUGAAGCAAUGCAGAAUGUACAGCCUUGGGAGCCUCGCACGUUUCCACUUUCUGAUUCUUUGCACCAAGGUCUUCUCCAGUGCACCAGUGAAGGUGGCUAUGAACAGGCUGACUCUCAACCCCAUGUCUCUAGCAAUGUCAUACCCAGCGUCGCAGGGAUGCAAUUUUCAGGUACACACCUGCAAACUGACAGCAAUAAAAGCACAGAGGAGUUCGUGGUCCAGCACUGCAACCCGGGAAAGCUCGUCAACGACGAUACACCCGAGCUGUGGUGUGUAUGAAGUCAGCUGCGCGUGCUGUGGUGUCAAAAGCCCAUCUGCUGGACUGGUGCACAAGCAGUGUGGUACUGCUGCGUGUCAGACUCCCUUUCGGCAGCACAUGAGGAGAUUUCCAGCUGAGGAGGGGUUCAGGCCCCUGGUGGAGCUGUGGUGCUGGACCUCCAAGGCACAGUGCUUUUAAAAAGACUGAUUUCUGGUUAGGCCUGCAAAACAAGGCUCGGCUGCCUGAUCACAAGAAGGUUAGGUGCUGCUCCAGACAGAGCAACGCUGGGUAAUGCAUAGAGGAAGGGAGAUUUGAGUAAAAGGAAUCCCAAGAGUAGAAAGAAAACAGCGUUGUUCAGCCUCGAUCUUUACAAAAGUGCCUACCAGGUGGCUGUCAGGUGCUUUGGUGGCUAGAAGCAGGUUUCAGGGUGGUGCUCGCUCACUCCCAGAUCACUUUACAAAUGCCAAAGAGGUCUGAGGGAGUCUUGUUGUGAAUUUGAUCUGAACCACAGACCCAGUGAGCAAGAGGGAAGGAGGAAGCUGUGUGUACUCUAAAAUGCAGCUUUGAAAAAUUACUCUUGUAAGUACAUGAAAAUCAGGUUCCCCUGGCCCUGCAUAAUUGGAAUUUUGUAUCGGUUUCCUCCACAGAAACUGCAGGUCCAUCUCCUAACACACAAUUGCCUUACAGUAUCCUUGCUGUAACAAACCGGGUGUGACUUUCUGUGUCUUUUCUGGAUUGCUUCGCUCCUUGGAGUGAAACAUUGUCUCAGGGAUCUUGGCAAUGAGCCACUGAAAAGCCAUACAGCUGAGAAAAACGUGUAUUCUGGAACAGGCAUCUCCGGCUGUUUCCAGAUGAGCUGUUUUCAGGGGGUGAGCUUCACACUGGAUCAAUUUGAUAAAUGUCCCACCGGAAUGUAUGAAAACUAACACUGCUGUUAAGAAUAACUCAAAUCUGUACUAAGGUGACCAGGAACUGUGUUCCAGCUUGCCUAAAACUCCUCACUUUAUUAUCUUGAGUAAAAGAUGUUUCUUUUCUACAUUCUAGAGCAAAAAAAAAAAAUAAA